GGGAUAGGGCAGUGUGUAGAGCAAUGGAGAUUGCGUCAUCCGUGGAUCUGUUGGGGUGGUCUGCAAAUUGGAGUUGAACCUGGGUGUCAGGUAAUUGGAGUGGAUCCUGGGUGUCAGGUAAAGUGGAGCUUCUCGAAACACUUCAUGAUGACAGUAGUGCGUGCCACAGGACGAUAGUCAUUUAGGCAGGUUAAAUAUGUUUUAUUGCCACAUACACCAGAUGGGUGCAGUGAAAUUCGUUUUUUUACAGGGUCAGUCAUAGUAGUACGGCACACCUGGAGGAAAUUAGGGUUAACAGAUUUUUCACGUUGUCGGCGCAGGUAUUCAAACCAGUGACCUUUCGGUGACUGGCCCACCCUCAUCACUAGACUAUCUGCCGCCCUAAGGUUGCCUCUGUUUGCUUGGGUAUCUAGCGGACAUUCAUCCCUUGUAGGGCCAGGAGUUUGGAGUUCCUGGACACUUCAUGUGACCAUACUGAAAAAAACUCCUGGCCCUAAUCCCAUUUCAUUUGUUUCCUGGUCGUUGACUAUUUGUUUUCCAAUAAUACUCUGAAAACUCCAAUAAUACUCCCUGUGAGUCUUCUCUCUCCAUCCUCUCAUUCUGAAUGCAGUCCGUGUAUCCAUAUUCAAAUGAGAGGGAGCGAGGGAGAGAAGUUGCCAGCACAGGUGUAGAGAUCAAAUGCUGCUUCCGCAGUUGGUUUGUUCUCACUCCUUUUGGUAAGGUUUGGGAUAUUGAUUGACCUCAUCAGUUUAUCUUGGAUACAUUUUGUGUGGAUUUCAACAGCUGUUUGUCUGAUUAAAUGUAUUCCAGUGUGAAUAUCUAAAAAGGUAACCAGAACAAAGAAGUCUGAAUCGUUCCAGUCGAAGGAUGGGCAGGAUUCAACACCUGAUAUUAUGGGCUGUGUUGGUGGUGUGUUGUGUAGCUGAGAGACAGUACUUCCUCCAGUCCAACUCCUCCACCUGGGAACAGGCCAGACUACACUGCCAGGCGUGCUACAAGGAGAUGGUGAGCCUGACCCCUGACAACAUCCAGCAACUUGUCCAGAACCUGACCUCUUCUUACUGGGUCGGCCUCCGCAAAACCAUGAACAACGGCUCCUUCCCCUGGUCCCGCUGGUCCAACGGAGACCCCCUCACCUUCCAGAACUGGUACCCCGGUCGCCCCAUACUCUCCAAGCCCAAGAAUCCUGUGAACAUCUUUAACAACUACUAUUCCAUCCGCGCCAAUGACUGUGGGUGUUGCUGCACCAAUAACAGCAAACUUACCAGUGUUCCCCCGGUAACUACUAGCUACGGUAACUCUACAGAUGACCUUUUCACAGAGAAUGUAAACGUGGCGGCAUCGUCAACGAUGACACCAGCCGUGACAACCAAGGUGACGAAAGAUGACAUCUGUCAUGACGAGGGGAUCAACGUUCUUUACUGGAGUUACUGGUGGCAUCAAUGGCACCAAUAUGACUAGUGGGACCAAUGGGACGAAUGAAACUGAGACAGACGUGUAUAUUGAGGAGCCCUGCAUAGCCAUGCUCAGUUUUGGACUUUGGUUCGAUAAAAUCUGCUCAGAGCUUCUUCCUUAUAUCUGCUAUGAAGACCGUUUCUACGGUAAUGCCACCAUGACCAACAAGACACUACACAACGCGACUCUGAGCUGGACCCGUGGGCCUGGUGACAUCAGCGGAUACAGGGUGGAGGUCAAGUCCACUGACUACAACCUGACCCUAAACCACAGCAGUCUGAACCAGACCUAUGACCUUUCCAACCUCACCGCCGGAACCCAGUACAGAGUCCAGGUGUUCCCCAUUAAGUGUGGAAGAGACCUCAACCCACAGAACGUCUCCUUCUAUACCAAGCCUGGCGUGAUCCAAAAGCUCAGUGUCACCAAUGUCUCAGAAACAAGUAUCUCCCUGUCCUGGCUCGCUCCUGAGGGCAACCGUGACUUGUACAACAUUCAGGUGAGGGGUGAACCUGACCUGAAAAUGACCACACGCACAGAGAGCGCCCUGGUCAAAGGCCUGAUACCAGGAGGGUCCUACACGUUGGAGGUCAACGCCGAGGUGGAGGACAAGUCCAUCGAGGGAGAUCGACGGGAUAUCUCCUUCUACACCAAACCAGGAAAGGUGUCAAACUUAAAGCCGUCUGCUCUUACUAAAGACAGUGUCGACUUCCAAUGGGAAAAGCCGACAGGUAACACCUCUGGGUACAGAGUGCACGCCUGGAGAGAAGAAAACAACAUCACGUCCGACAUAUUCUGGAAGAAUGUGACAAACACGCGUCUGACGGUGGGGAACCAGUCGUCAGGUGCCAAGAUCUGGCUGAGCGUUGUGGCACUGGUGCCCGACGGAUCGGUUGAGGGAGAACGCAGCAUAGAGAUGGGCCUCACCACUCCAGGUAAAGUUACUGACUUACUUCUGGUCAUUACUGCGAACACCAUCACAGCGACCUGGACACCUCCUCAGGGAAACUACGAGGCAUUCAGUGUUCAGCUCAAGCUAACCGCCUCUAACGAGGAAGUGAAAACACAGAAUACAAGUGCCAGUCAACUUUCAUUCACCAACCUAAAGGCAGGAGUUGAAUAUGCAGUGACAGUCACCACUCUGAAUGGGUAUCUCAAGAGUGACCCAGAAACCAUUAGAAAUUUCACUCUUCCUCUCCCACCGCAAUCAGCCAAAAUCGAUUUCUUCAAUAAGAGUCAUGUCACCCUGUCAUGGAAAGCCCCCAUGGAAUCCCAAGGUGUACAAAUAACGUACCUGGUGAAAUACUUUUCUGAAUUCUGGAAUGAUACGCAGACGAGCGAGACAUACGCCACCAACUAUACAUUUCAUGAGUUGCAUGCUGGGACCAAUUACAACUUCGAAGUACGAGUGAAGGCGGGAACCCAGGAAAGCAAGCCCACCGAAACAUCACAGACCACAAGUGCUACGGUGAGAGUUCGAACUAUGACUAUGGCGUGUUCCUCCAGCGAACCUUCCAUCUGUGAGAAUAGCGGCGAACGGACAGAGGUCUUGAAAAAUUUGAAGACACAUUUCGGCAAGCGGUUCAGCAAGAAUGAAACUGGGGUUGACAUGGUGUUCUGGGAACUGGAGUGGCGAGAGGCAUAAUUUCACACACACACACACACACACACACUUGUACAGAUCAUCUAUUCAAUAUAAUUUCUUAGUCAAGAUUAAGAUAAAUUGUGUUUUGACAAAAAAAUGAUAACAAUAGAUAAAUGAAGAGUUACAUGCGUGCCAAGAAUGUAUGUGUAUUGAAUUUCUUGUCUUGUCUUGCUUGUUUUCAGGAUGUAAUGUAUGUUUUACAAAUACAUUUUAUUAAGGUAUUUUCUCUGACCAAAUUACUGAAUAAAAGUCUGACUCUUGGUGUGGAUAAUAUAUAUAUAUA